UGCAUCCGGCCCAAUGGCCACUUCGCUCCUCUCCCUAAGGGGACAGACAUCGAGGAUGACUUUUAUUAAUCUUCAGUAAGGCUAAUUCCAGCAUUGCGUUCCAAGUCUGCUGCUUCUGUACUGCCAUCAGGCACCUGACAGACAGGGAUACAUAUAUACCCCGACCUCAGUGAUCUCCUGUAUAUCUCAUCUCAGACUACCAGUUGUUCUUUGCAGAUGUCUUAGGAUACCAGAGGUCCUAACUCUUUGUGGGGGAUGGAAAUGCCCGAAAAUAGUUCAGAUGUCGACCCACCAAGAAGAUUACAAGACAAUGGACUUGACAUACGUCAACAGAAAUUGGACAUGCAGCGAAAUAUUCAUGAGAAGAAACAGAGGAGAAAGCGCCUGGAUCCUCUAAUGCUUCAAGCCAAUCCAGAUAUAAAGGUAAAGCCAAGGAGGUCUCCAAAGCCUGACGAACAAGUGCUACUGGUGGAGUCAUGCACUGUGUCCAGCAUAUAUUCAGGAAUAACCAAUCCCACAAUGUCAGCAGAUAUGCUUGCAAGUCCAUGCCACAGUCCGAUGGUCUCCUCAAGGAAUAUAAAGGCUUAUUCCAAGACUGGGAAGAAGGAGGUGGCGAAUCAUGAUAUUUCUGAUGAAGAUUUGGAGGAGACAAUACUUGAAGACACCAAACCCCUAACUAGUAAGAAAGAACAAGUUCAAGCCAAACCAAAGCAGAAGAACAAAACCAAAGCAGGGAAGCAUGAUGCAAAAGAAUCCAAGAAAGCAUCACCCAAGACGUCAAAGACCCGCAAAGCGUCGGCUUCUUUCACUCACGACUGUGAAAAGGAAAACACGCCACAGAACAAAGAUGUUGAUAUACAACCCCAGGAUCUCAUUCAAGAAAUAACGUCAGAUAAGAUGGUUGCCUUUAAGAAUUCUAGCGAUGAAGAGAAUUCAAUGAGUGUUGGGGAUCGCACCGUUCCUCCUGCUCCCAUCAAACAACGUCAUAAAAAGAAGCAGCAGAAAACAGUGAGAUCCAGAAGAAGACAGGAUUCCAAUGAUGGGGAUACCAACGGAACAGAAGAAAACGACUUUGAUGAAGAUUCUGACAUCCUUAGCAGUGUUGUAUAUACAAGACCCAUGUCUUCUUUGAGUAAGGAAGAAGACACCCAGUUUGCUGCAAACCUUGAAAUUGAUGAUCUCAAAGACUUUGCGUUACGACCAGCUUCCCAUAAUAUGACUUUUCAGUGCCGAAUCACUAGGGACAAGAAAGGCGUAGACAGAGGACUCUACCCCACCUACUACCUUCAUCUUGAGAGAGAUGAUGGGAAAAGACUUUUCCUCAUGGCUGGAAGAAAGAGAAAGAAAAGCAAAACGUCCAACUAUCUCAUCUCAGUGGAUCCCACAGAUCUCUCACGAGGAGGAGAAAGUGUGAUAGGAAAAGUCAGGUCCAACAUGCUAGGAACCAAGUUCACAGUAUUUGACGGUGGGGCGAGCCCUGACAAGCAGCCCUUCGUGCAGGAAAGGGAAUCCCUCCGGCAGGAAUUGGUAUCUGUAUCUUAUGAAACCAAUGUAUUGGGGUUCAGAGGACCCCGUAAAAUGGCUGUCAUUAUCCCUAGGAUGGACCAGGACUGUGAGAGAGUAUGCAUAAGGCCGCGCAAUGAACAUGAGACCCUUUUAGCUCGAUUUCAAAAUGGAAAUAUGGAGAAUAUUACAGUUUUCCACAACAAAGCACCAUCAUGGAAUGAGGAAACGCAGUCCUACGUUCUGAACUUCCAUGGACGUGUUACGCAGGCCUCUGUGAAGAACUUCCAGAUAAUAAAUGCUGAUGACCCUGAGAACAUUGUCAUGCAGUUUGGUCGUGUUGCAGAGGACGUUUUCACCAUGGAUUUCAGAUUUCCUCUGUGUGCUCUACAAGCUUUCUCCAUCUGCCUGUCCAGCUUUGACAGCAAACUCGCCUGCGAAUAACGUCUGGAUAAAACAGGAAACUAAGCUGUCAAUGCAAAUAAAAGACGACCUGUGUCUAUUUUUGUUAUUACUUACAGGUGUUUUCCAGGUAAACCGUAAAACGUUCCUUACUGUCUUCCCAUGCAUUAAAACAAUAAAGGGGCGCAUAUUUACCUGCCAUUGCGCCUUUGUGCUCCUGCUGUCACAACCUCUCUUGUUCCCUGCUUUGCUUCCAUUCUGCCAGCUUCUAAUGACUUUACAUUCCCCCCGGUCAGCUCUGUGACUGGCUGAGUAACGAGUGGGAUGUUAUCAGAAGCUUUCAGAACUGGAGCACAGCUAGAACCAGAAGAUGUGUCAACUGGAGCAGCAAAGGAGGUAAGUAUGCACUCUUCUAUUGAUUUAAUACCUAGGGAGGCACAAGGGGAAAUUUUGUCUUUCUGAAAACCCCCUUUAAAGGGGUAUUCCUGACUUUAAAAAAAAAAAAAGAAUAUGCUGCUAAGGCAACGGGAAUAAAAAGCAUAUCUACCUAGCUUCGGUCCCCUGCUGGUCCCCCGCAGCUCCUGUUCA